AUGUCGCAAGCUUCUGAAGCACCGACAAUUGACGAUGAAGAUGAGUUUCUCUACGGAAGCUCGAAUACGGAGCCUGGAACGGGAGCCAUACCAUCAACGCAGAGCGAAUUGCCGACGGUUGAAUCUGCAGUGGAUGCGAAAGACAGCAAUGAUGAGGACCAGUACGAUAGUGACGACUCAGACGUUGAGUUUAUUAUCGAUCCGAAUGCACCGCUUGUAGCACCGCCACCACGCGUUUCUACCACAUUUGCUCCAGCGACGAUUUCAACACCGCCUCCGAAACCAGCGCAGACCGUGGCAGAAGGCGCCGCACAGACGUCAACUUCUGUACCACCAGCGGCCACUAACAUUGCAGAAGAUGUGCCUUAUCAACCGCCCCCUCAGCCGGCACAGUCUCAGGCAGUUGACGAGGCGUCCUUGGGGCCUGAAGGUCCACCACCCGCGGCGCCUUCUACGGGGCCGCAUCUUAACCUGGAUCCAAGUGCCUCAGAUCUGUACUAUCCACCUUCCGACGGCUUGUAUGACGCGAGAACUGAGGCACAAAAGGCACAGGAUUUGCCACCCAUGACUAUAUACCAAGUCGACAUUGAUUCGCUUCCUGAAAAACCAUGGCGCCGUCCUGGUGCCAACCUAAGUGACUGGUUCAACUACGGUUUUGACGAGCGAUCUUGGUCGCUGUGGUGCGGCAAGCGACAUGAGAUGGAGCAAAUGCGUGAAGACUUACAACCUCUAAAUGCAUCCGAGUCGGCUGGCGCCCCUGUAUUGCCGCCAGGUUUCUCGGGUGGUAUGCCCGACUUUUCGGCCCUGUUAGGAGGUGGUAUGCUUCCUCCUGUGCCCCCACCCAUGCAAGCUUGGAUGAAUGGAAUGAUGCCUGGAGGUGCUGAUGCUCCAUCGCCUGUCCCGAUACCCGUUCAGCCGCCGAUGACGCUGCCUGAAAAGAACGCAGCCGCCGAUGACAUCGAUGACGACGACGAAGCGCCGUAUGAACCCCAAAUGCCGCCUGAAGAAUCUGCAGAGGCGCCUGCUCGACAAGAAUCGAGUCGGCGACACCGUCAACGAUCUCGCCAGGACCGCGAACGACAGCAAGACGAACAGGUGCGAUACACGGAUCGCGAUAUGGUGCAUGGUAUGGGCGACACCCUGGAUUAUGGUUUGCACACCGGAGAUACACGACGUCAUGGGCGUCAUGAAGCGACGCCAGGGGAAGAACACCAUGCUGAUCAUGGCCGUCAUCACCGUCCCAGUCGUCGUGAACGUGCUCGACAAGAGCGCCGAUCUGGCCGUGGAGGCCAAAAGCGUGGUGCUCCGGAUGGACCCCAUGAGGACCAUGAGCGUGAACAUGUACCCAAACGCGCUCAUCAUGGGCGGUCUCGUCGUGAGACCUAG